GUGCUGUGGAUACAAAUCCUUUAUCUGUGUAUAUUAUGCAGCCCCUCUGGAACAAAAUUAUUAAGAUAGUGCCUUUGUGGAUUGCUCCCAACCUGUUAACAUUCUCUGGAUUUGUCAUGAUUUUAGUUAAUUAUUUUCUAAUAUCUUUUUAUGACUGGGACUACACGGCCUCAGGUACCAGUCCUGGACUUGUUCCCACCUGGGUGUGGCUGUUCAGUGCUUUUACCACCUUUUGUGCUUACGCUUUAGACUCCAUAGAUGGGAAACACGCUCGAAGGACUCAGUCCAGUAGUCCUCUGGGAGAAUUAUUUGACCAUGGGCUGGAUAGCUGGGCUACCUCCAUUUUUGUGCUUUCUUUUUUUUCUGUCUGUUCCCGUGACAAUGGGAAGACUGGAGUUUCUGUAUAUACAAUGUAUAUAUAUUUAAGCAUUGUCUUGUUUAACUUUAUGUGUUCACACUGGGAGAAAUAUAACACAGGAGUUCUUUUUCUUCCUUGGGGAUACGAUAUAAGCCAAGUGGUAUUAAUAGCAGCAUAUCUGCUCACCAGUGCUGUUGGGGUGGAAGUCUGGCAGAAGCCUUUCCUGUUUGGUUAUUACAUUACAGACGCAUUAGUAAUCUUGCUUAUAGGCUUCAGUUUAUUUCUUUCAUUUCCACAAACACUAUACAACAUUCACAGAGCACAUUUAAAGAAAACACUGAAGAAUGAUUCCUUGUAUGAAGGACUCCUACCUCUUGUGUCACCUCUGUUGCUGUUCGUUCUUCUUACAGUAUGGGUGGUUUUGUCUCCAGGCAACAUAUUAGCAAAACAACCAAGAUUGUUUUUAUGGAUGGUUGGGGUUGCUUUCUCAAACGUUAUUUGCAAGGUGAUCAUCUGCCAGAUGAGCAGCACCCGGCCGGAGCUCUUCCACUGGUUCCUCUUCCCGCUGGCACUGGUGGUCUACGCAGCCAUCUCUGGGCUGCUGGGCUGGACGGAAGAAGUGGUGCUCGCCGUGUUCACCGCCCUGGUCACGGCCGCCCAUGUACACUACGGGGUCUGCGUGGGAAGGCAGCUGAGUGAGCACUUGAACAUUUACAUCUUUUCCCUGAAGAAACGUGUCCAAGAGUGAACACCUGCACUAUGAUCAGACUGUAACACUUGACGUGGAGAUUUGCAGCUCUUCUGAUGUGAUAAAUAGUUGCAAUUAAUCUAAUUAAAAUAACCAAAGAAUAGAAUAGUCCAGAUAUCCGAACCACUGCGACAAUGAGCUAUGCAGCAAGAUGCUUCAUCUCAGAGGAAGAUUCCCGUCCAGCAGAGAAGUGUUUACCAAGUUGUUCUGCUGCUAAUAUUUAUUCUCUUCACUAAUGCCGUGUUACUACCCUCUCGGAAGCUUUUGUCUUCCUCCUCCUUGCCACUGUGUCCCAAGUCCUGGAUAAAUCCAUGCUGGUUUACAUGAGAUCCUUGAUGGUUUAUAACCAGCACUGGUUUUGCCCAGCCUAGUCACCAGUGGGACCCCGGCAACGCAAACCCUCCCUGUAUGUCCUUCCCACUCAGACAUCUGUGCCUGCUUCAUUUUCCGUAUUUAUUUUCUCACAACUCAUUUCUUCCAUACAACCUCCUGAAGGGCUUACGUACGUUCAGUCUUUUCCUCACCUCAAAUGAGUGUUUGAAGAAAAGAGAACAAGCUCAGAAAGCUAUGGGUACAGUAAAGUGUUUUUGAAACGUAUGAUUUUUUUCCCUCCAGCAUUAAGAUGAGUCUCAGCUGACCUGUAUCUGUCAGAAAUGCAGGCUCCGUACAGCAGCAGCUGGCCUUUAUACUUAUUUUCUAGGCAGUAACAAGCGCAUUGUUGAUAUUUUGGUAGCAACAAGCAAUACACCCUACAAAGGUAACCAGCUGAGAAUAAAUUUGGCCAACAAACCUUUGAAGAUUCUCAUAUAUCACUGCAAAACCAGUUAGUCAAACCUCAUCUAUGAGUGCAAAAUGCUAAGCAAAUAAUUAUUUGCCUGUGUGCUUGAAACAAAUUCUUGUGGUUUUAGAUAAUGACAAAAAAAAGAAAAAGAACUGAGACAAGAAAAGCUUUUUUUAGACAUUACACAUUUGCAUGCAGAUGUAAACUGCUCACUUCAUCUAUAAUAUAUGUAGGUUUUCUGUGUGCCUUGGAGGAAGGAGUAGGAAUUUGAGUUUCAUCUCUUUUGAUACGCUGCCCUAGCCAGGGGGACUCUGUGGCCUUGAAGCACUAAUGAAACAAUCUGUCCACUUUCCCCAAGGGAAGCAUUAAAUUACAUUUCUGGCACAGAGGGAUGUUUAUUAACUAGUUAACUAUCUCACUUGUCAGAAGCAGGGCAGAAGCGCAGUUGUUGAGACGCUGAGCCUUAAGUUCACCUUCUUCUCUGGCUUUAUCACCAGCCUCAUCAUUUUUUCCCCAGUUAACAUACCCUUACAUCAGUAGCUCCUAUUAAUAUUUUCAGCUGAGCACCGACUAGUCAUGUCUUUGUGAACAGCUUCAAGUUAAGUUUGUACUGCCUGUUACAGUAGUUGACCUGCCACAACGUCAGUAGGGCUGAUUUCCCCUGGCAGCCCUUACCGUGGGUACCAGGGGACAAGACGGCACGUCAGCUUCCCCUCUUCACAAAGCAGAAACACCACACCGACUUGCAAAGUUUCUUGCGGUUUGAAAGUAUACACGUUACACCUACCAAGUGAGCAUGAUGAGGGUCCCGCCCCCCCAAACAAACAUCAUACUACAGUCACAGUUCAAGCAGCUUAAGGUUCGAGUUAGGUCAUCCUGUUAAUGCUGGUUUGGAGAUUUUGCCGAGAGCCCUGCAGGGAAGGGAGGCUCCCGCGCCCUCCGGCACCGCUGCGGUCCAGCUCCGGGGCUGCAGCUGGAACGAGAGGAGUCUUCUUCCAGCCUUCCUCCCCGCUGGUGGGGUGGCCGUGCCCCUACCCUGCGCGAUGCCCAGUGAGCGUGGGGUCUCCACCGAGGCGCUCCCUAACUGCCCAAGGACUCUUUUUCUUAGAGUAAGGCUGACGGCUGUUUAUUUAAUGAAGGAUGCUAAACAGGCAGUUCUGAUGGUGUUUGAAGGGGAACGAUGAGUUCGAUGUAGGCAUGCACCCAGCAAUCUCACUGUUU